UUGAAGCAUAAAAAGUUGCUAAGUGGACGGUUGUCUGCGGGAGUAAUAUUCUGCUAUACUUUUUUUCGAUUUGCUGGCAUUAAUCGUUGUUUUCAUUCUUACUCUGCUGCUCUCUGUUCACAUUUGAAGUCCCUUUUUCCGAUUCACUUGCUCUCGAAUGGACUCUUCUGCCCUUAAACUAAUACAAAUGUCCUCAGUCCUUCAGCUUCAGUUCCUUCCCUCUGUGCCCUCCUCUCGCGAAUCCUGCCUAAAGUCCCCCAGCCAAUAGGAAGCCAGAUAUGAUGCUGACUAAUGUUCUUGUCACAACCUUUAACCGACUCCCAUCGGUAAAGGUUUAGCGGUGGUGGCAGCAUCGUUAUGUGGGCGAUUUUUCUCAACAGCAGGAACUUGGAGACUAGUCAGGACAGGGGGGAAGAUUAAUAUAGCAAUGCACAGAGAUGAUAACACUAACCCUGGAUGAAAACUUGCUCCCGAGUGACCGAGGGCGUUUUCUGAUGGCUCAGCAGGUGACGGCGGGCCGGCGCUACCUGCGAGCAUUUGUCAGUGGAUUCUUCGUUGCCGUUCCUGUCACCGUUACCUUUCUCGAUCGACUGGCUUAUGUGGCCCGAGUAGAAGGUGCGUCGAUGCAGCCAUUCCUGAACCCUGAAGGAGAAUCAAAGUGUGAUGUUGUCCUGCUAAACCGCUGGAGUGUGAGAAAUUACCAAGUCCAAAGAGGCGACAUCGUCUCUGUGGUGUCCCCCAGAAAUCCCAAGCAGAAGAUCAUCAAGCGUGUUAUAGGUCUGGAGGGAGACUUCAUCAGGACUCUAGGCUACAAGAAUCGGUUUGUUCGAAUUCCCGAUGGUCACUUCUGGAUCGAGGGGGAUCACCAUGGACACAGUUUGGACAGCAACAGCUUUGGACCAGUCUCCGUAGGACUUCUGCAUGGCCGAGCCUCUUACAUCAUAUGGCCACCAAAUCGCUGGCAGCGAAUCAGGGCGUCCUUGCCUUUGGACAGAGGACCACUGGACAAUGAGGAGGAUUGAAAAAACACAAAACCAGAACACCUACUCACACAGCAGCUCCUGUUUCCUCUGAGAUGUUUCUGAAUUUCUAAGAACUGUUUGUGCGUAUUUGUGUGAUACGACUUAAGCUCGACAGGAAACCAAACCCCAACUUUUUCUAUUUAUUUGACUUUUAUUAACUAAAGACAUACUUGAGUUGAAUCCCUGAUAGAGGAUGUCAUCAGGCUGCAUUAGGACCUCCAUGUUCUGGGUUUGGGACACAGUGGACAUCUAACAACAGUAGGCUUCUAGUGCGUCCUACAAAACAAACAACCCAGUUCCAUUUAAAACUUCAUAACUUCUGUUGUUCAACUUGAGAAAUGUAACAGAUAAGAAGAAACAAAAUGCUUCAGUCUUCUGAAUAAUAAACCUUUUAAAAUGUG